AUGUCGUCACGUCCUUCCUCUGUGGAGUCUGCCGUCCCUCCCCAACCAGACCACUUCUAUCCCUCGCCCUUCAUCCGCCCUAACUGGCGCAAUCCAAACGAUCCAGGGUCAUGCAUAUGGCCCGAGGAAGAUAUUUCUGCAACCAGGGGCAUCCCAGUGUUCAAGCCAGUGUGGGAAGAGUUCCAGGAUUUCGAGGGUUACGUUACCGCCCUCGAACCGUGGGGUCGGAGGAGUGGGAUAAUUAAGGUCAUUCCGCCGAAAGAAUGGCACGAUUCCCUUCCUUCGGUUGUCCCUCAACUCGCCGAAGUGCGUUUGCGCAACCCAAUUGCCCAGGAAAUGAUCGGUACCUCGGGACUCUUCUACCAGUCUAACAUGGAGAAACGCAAGACUUACAGCGUACGAGAGUGGGCUAACAUGUGUGACAAAGAUCCAAAUCGUACGCCAAGUCCAGCCGCUGUCUUGAAGAGGGAACGAAGUGAUAAGGACUCGCCGAGGAAACAUGAUCAUAGAGCCCAGCUGCAGAUCGAUGAAGAUGAUGAGGAUGCCAGAGAUGAGAAAGAAGUAGAGAUGAGAAUGGAUCUUGCACCGGACUGCGAACAGCAAACGCAUCCGACACCCGAAUUUUUGACGGAUUCCACAACACCGCCCGGCAAGGCGUCGACGGCCACGCCUAGCAUCGCAGGUGGAACUACCCAAUGCGAUGUCUCAGAAGAUCGCAAGUUCUUUGCGUCCUUUGAUCCGAAGAGGUCUUGGCUCCCAUCUAACACAAAAGCUGAGGAUUACACGCCGGAAGUUUGUGCUAAGCUCGAGAAGAACUUUUGGCGGAGCAUCGGCAACGGCGGGUCACCUGCGUGGUACGGUGCCGACUUGAAGGGGUCACUCUUCACCGACGAGACUACAUUUUGGAAUGUAGCCAGCCUUCCAAAUCCUCUGUCACGACUCUUGGGUACAACCGGCCGCAAGCUGCCAGGUGUCAAUACCCCAUAUUUAUACUUCGGGAUGUGGCGAGCGGCCUUUGCAUGGCAUGUGGAGGAUAUGGAUCUCUGCAGCAUCAACUAUAUUCACUUUGGAGCACCCAAGCUAUGGUGGGCCAUUCCAAGCGAGAAAGCGAAGGCUUUCGAGCGGACAAUGAAAGGAUAUUUUCCGGGAGAUGCCAAAACAUGUCCCCAAUUCUUACGUCACAAAUCGUUCUUGGUCUCUCCAACAAUUCUCGCCAACAAUAGUUGCCGCCCAAAUGUUCUCGUUCAACAUCAGGGAGAGUUUGUCAUCACGUUUCCGCAAGGCUAUCAUGCUGGGUUCAAUCUUGGCUUCAAUUGUGCUGAAAGCACAAAUUUUGCACUCGAUGGAUGGGAAGAAGUUGUAAGAAAGGCGGGUUGGUGCAAAUGCGAGAAGGACAGCGUCAAAUUGGACAUAGAUGCGUUGAUUUUAGAGGCGAACGAGAUCGAGGGGAAACAUGCAAAAAACGUCAAAGCCAAGGGUGCCAGACUGUCGAAGAAACGCAAGAUCGAGGAGAUUGUUAUUGACCAUGCUGCCAGCCCUGUUAAGAAGACCAAGAACCGCGCAGCCGAUAUAGUCAAACCCACAAUAGAAAACACGAGAUCUUCAAGCCCCCAUCUCCCGAAGGCCUGUCUAUUGUGUCCCAGCUCGAACGAGGAGACUUUGAUCAAGGUGCAUGACUUGCCCCAUACUAUGCGCCAUAUGUUGGGUGUGCAAGCAUGGGCACACGAGAGUUGUGCUGCUGCGCUUCCUGAGACCUGGGUGGAUAUGCUUGAUGACGAGAAGUGGGUAUUUGGCGUUGAUGUCAUCGAAAAGGCGAGAUGGGAUCUUAAAUGCGCGGCAUGCACCAAACCCACCCUGAAAAGUUAUGGCGCAAAAAUCCAGUGCACUCGCGGAAAGUGCCCCAGGGCUUUCCAUGUGUCUUGCGCAUUGGACAAGAGUGAAAUACUUUACCAAGAAGUGGAAACGGUCGAAAGGGCAGUCCUGCUUGCAUCCGAUAAUGCUGGGGACGCCACUAUCCCGAAAGAGAAUAUUAACGUGAAGGAGGAGUGGGAAGAAGUUGAGAUCCGUCACGCCGAUGACCCGAUCUGCGCCAAAACUACUGUUUUUGACGGCAAUCGGAGGGCGGAAUCCAGGGUGCUCAAGACAAUUCAGAAGCCGGUGAUAGAACUACUGUGUUCUAUUCACAAUCCUAAUAUGCGUGUGCUCUCCAAGCAGAGAAAGGACGAAGCGCGGAGGAAGAACGUGCUCGCGCUCAAAGAAGGCGACCGCAUUCGUAUUCGUCUCAGCAGCGGCGUUUUUGAAGUCACAUUGCUUAAGGUUGACGAGAUAACCGAGAAAGUGGAGGUUAUGUGGGAUGAUCACUCUCGGCGAGCUAUUAAAUGGGGCAGCAUUCACUGGGGGCCAGUCUCCGACGAAGUCCUCGCUGCCUCCAAAGCCAAGCAGGAAGCAAAGGAGGAAGAAGUGCUCGAGGCCAAGCUCCGUCGAUAUCAGGAAUCUCUUCGUUUGGCGAAGAAGCGGGCUACUGUUCAUCACUUACCGGCGGUGUCCAUCUACGAUACACCCUCCUCCACACAAACGAUGUGCCCAACCAGCUCCAGUACGUCUUAUUCCAUUUCGACCACAGGCCCCCCCAGUUCAGAUAUUGUUUUGGCUGCCCCCUCGACAGCUGCACGGCAUGUUGCCGAGCAAGCCACCGGUAAUGACUAUCGCAUUCCCCGGUCCCAACAGAACAGCGUCUCGUCAGAGGGUGGCCCGUUGCAUAUGCCUCCAUAUCCAAGGUAUCCAUAUCCUCCAGGAUAUUGGGCUGCGCCAGGUUAUGUGGGGUACUGGCAACACGCCUCUUCUCCAGGCCAUGGCUGGUACGACUACUACGGCCGUUGGCAUGAGACCUCCGUGCCCGCAUAUGGUCAUUAUGGAAGCCGCGCUCGUUCUCAAGGUGAGGCAACUUAUUCUAGGCACGGUGAACAAGGUACCUCCCGGCUCGAUACCCAAACGUAUGUCCGUGGUACACCGACACCCAGACAUAAAGAUCUCACCGCGAACGCAACUUUCAAGCUCGGCCCGAACAUUGACAUCCAUCGCCCUGCUUCAACUGCCAUAACCCAUUCUACCGCGGAGAUGUCAGUCCGACCAUCCGAGACACACACCGACGAGGAGUCGCAUCCACCCACAUGCGAUACACUAAGCAAUAUCGACUUGAUUCCACUUCUCAACACGUUGAUGAAGAACGAGAGAGUUCGCACUACAUUGUUGAAGCUGCGAGACUCUUUGGCUAGCCAGUUGGAUCAUGAUAAUAACUCUUCGGUAAACCCUGUAUGCGUAGAUGAACGCUCGCCGUGA